GCGGAGGCAGCGCGAUUUUUGAGUGGAGGGCGGAAGUAAACAUGGAGGACACUGUGGAGAGUCAGGAGAGCAGCUAUUGUGCAACUUUAGACCCCGUUUCUCGGGAGAGAUAUAGACAGAUAGUUUAAAAAAUAUAUCGGACGUGAUCCGUAUUCUUUGAAAAUGUCCGAAUACACCACAGAAGUAAAGGAUUUGCCUACUAUCGAGGCUGUGGAUAUCACCAACUACUUGGUCCUCCAGACUUCUUACUACACUAGGCAGCAAAUGAAAGCUUUCAAGAGUCUGGAGGCGUACAAUUUUUUUGUCAGCGGGUGGGUCCACAACCUUGGAACAAAACGUCUCCGUGAUGGAUACAGUUUGGUGUUUGCAAGGAUCUGGAAAAUGCAAGUCCCAGGGGCUCUUCUCUUCCUCGUCAUGGGCUCUAUCUCUGCCAAAAAGAUGGGGGAUUUUGGUGUGUUUACUGCUUGCAUCGACACAAAGGAAAAUAACAGUCUCAGAUUGCAGUGCUACUAUCAAGACUGUUCACAACCUCCCUAUAAGCCCUUCAGCUGUAAAUUCAAGACAUCGAAUGGAGGUAUACUGGCUACAAUGGAAAACACGAUGUGCAAGAAUUACACUGUCCCAUUAACAGAACACAGUCCUAGCGAGUUGGAAGAGACUGGUAAUGUGACAAACUUCACAUGCACACUGACAAGAAACAAGAGGACUGAAACGAAGAAUAUCACCAUAGACUACAAGACACACAAAGAAAAACAACGAGUCCCAAAGUGCUGUGCUGCAAGCCCAACCUCCCUGUGGCCUGUGGUGCUCCUCACUCUGUGGAGAGUCGUUGACUCCUGAUGAAGCAAGCAUGAAGGAGGGUCUCUGAACGCUUUGACUAACACAGAUGUAUCUGUUCCAUUUAGGCAUUUUGAAAUUUAAGAAACUUUCUUAAAUACAUUUCUAUGCAGGCUUCCAUUACUGGCCUGAUCCCCAAGUACAUGCAAUAAUGCAGUAUGUUAACAUAUAAACUGAAUUCCAACUAUGAUAUAUGAUAAUAUGAUAUAUUAAAGACUUAUGAAUUAAAAGCAUUAACUCAC